AUGUACAUAUAUUGUUUUAAAAACCACAUACAUAGUUUGAUUUAAAAAAUAUGAACUCAUUCGCACUUUAUCAAGAUCCUUUGCGUGGUGAGGUCCUAAAAAUAUCGGGAAAUCAGAUCGGCAUGAGUGUGGUUCCCCGGAAACUUAGUUUCUCGGAUCCGAUUCUUUUGCGGCACAUCCUCUGUCUGGUGAUAGUGGUGCACAACAGUUUUCAUCUCAUCCUCUGUUGCAGGCAGUUGAAAUUGUGCAAAAGGACUUCCGUUCCGCCGAAGCAAAUGGAGGGCAUUUUGUCGCAAGAAGCCUUUCAGGCCUCCAAGGAUAAACAGCUUCAUGCCUCAUCCCUUGAGAUAUUCAAUAUAGCAAUAGAUACAUUAUAUAGCUGCCUUGAUCUGUAUCUUUGCACUCUGGCUUUCCUCUGGAAAUUGACGGUAGGUUGGUAUCACUAUGCGGACAGCACUUGGCUGAAUGUGACAUUUAUGACUGUAUUUUCAACGUACUUGGUUGUCCGGAAGUUGCCAUCACUGUUUUACGAGAAAUUGGUCCUGGAUCCGCGAUACAAUGUGGAUCCUGAAAAGACGCCGCCCUUGUUGGGUUUGAUUUGUGCGCUGGUUUUUGUCGUCGUUUUCCUACAGGUUGCCGUCAUUCCGCUGACUGCGAUUUUCAUGGCUAUUCAUAUGUUAAGCGAGUGGUAUUUCACACUAUUCGUUUGGCUGGGUCUGGUGGGUUUGUCCGUACUGGUAUUGGCAUUUGUUGGACUGUUUGGAGUGCCCUGUUUGGGCAAGAGUCGCAAAAUGAAUAGUACCGAUAUGGAUAAUAGCCUGAAAGCGGUAUUGGACGACUUUAAUUUUCCCGGCCGGGUCUAUAUGGUUCACACCUUCCAUGUGGGUCGUCCGACGGCCUGGGUAAUGGGAUGCUGCUGUUGCCUGCGUUUAGAUAUCCACGAUAAUCUGAAGUGGAACCGUGGAUUUAGCUCCGAUGAUUUCGACUGGGGUCAGAUGGGUGCUGGUCUGAAUGAUGAGCAGUUGGCUGCCUUUGUGGCCCAUCAACUGGCCCAUUGGCAACUGUGGCAUGUGGCAAAGGGACUGGCAUUGAUUUACUUUUAUCUCUUGAUAUAUCUACUACUCUUCGGAAUCUGUAACAGGUGGAUAACGUUGUAUGCGGCCGCGGGCUUUACGACAUUCUAUCCCAGUUCGGUGGGCUUUUGGCUGGUGUACAAGUAUCUAAUGCCCAUCUAUCAUGACAUUUCCACUUGGAUAGUGUUCUUUUGUAUACGUCACUUUGAGUACGCCGCCGAUGCCUAUGUCAAUCGCCGAGGUUACGGACUACCGAUGAGGGCCGCUUUGCUCAAACUUUUUUCGGAUGAUUACGAAUUUCCCUAUGUAGACCAGUGCUACCUCAUGUGGCAUCGUCUACGGCCAUCGGUCCUGCAACGCAUCGAUAAUCUGCAGCGUUUGAAUAUGAUCAAUGGUGUCUCCACAGCAUGAUAACUGAAUGCAUUUCGAUUAAAUCACAAUUAUAUCCUU